AUGCCUGAACCAGCCAAGUCUGCCUCGACGCCCAAGAAGGGCUUCAAUAAAGCCAUGAUUAAGAACCAGAAGGAUGGUAAGAAGCGGAAGAAGGGCAGGAAGGACAGUUAUGCCAUUUACCUGUACAAGGUACUCAAGAAAGUCCACCCUCACACUGGCAUCUCAUCCAAGGCCAUGACCAUCAUGAAGUCCUUCAUCAAUGACAUCUUCAAGUGA